AUGUCCACCAAACCGAAACAAGAGGCCAAGGUCGCUGUCCUCAAAGGACAAGAAGCGGAGGACAAGGUGUUGGAGUAUGUCAAAAAGAUGAAUCGACCAUAUGGCGCUGUCGACGUCGCGGCCAAUCUGAAAGGAGCUGUUCCCAAGACCGCUACGCAGAAAAUCCUUGUCGCACUGGCGGAAAAAGGAGAGCUGACGCAGAAGGUGUAUGGCAAGACCACCUUCUUCGUUUACAAUCAAGAGAAGAUCGAUUCUUUGCCUCCCGACAAAAUUGCAGAUCUCAAGAGUGAGCUUGCGAAAAUCGAGGGUGAGAACAAGGCUCUCGCUGCGGAGGUCAAGUCCCAUUCAUCAGAGCUUGCAAAGAUCAAGGCAACACCUACGGACGAGGAAAUAGACCGACAGAUUGCUGAUGUUCAGAAAGCGGUGUGGUAG